AUGGUCUCGAUUGCAGAGACUACAUACCACAUGCUCCCCCGCCAUAUGCAUAACGAGAACGAGGAGGUCGACUUUUCUCUAUACCCAGAUCCUCAAAACAUGUUCUCACAAAGCUUCCCGUUCUCUGCGCCCCAGAACUUCAACAUGGAGGCCUAUUCAUACCCGAGAACACAAGAAGUAUAUCCUUCAAGCACAGGACUUACUUCGAAUGGCAUGUACGCUGAGGCACCUCAAUAUGCAAUGGAAUCGCCAGAGCUCCGAGCUCCUUCCAACUACUCGACCGCUUCCGGUCCUUCAGCAACUUCCUCCGCCAUGGGCUCUCCACAUUCGAUCCAUGGACACGUUGUCCCACCCCCAGAGUGGGCGCCUCACGGUCUCGGGUUGAACCCGAGCAUUGUCAACUAUGACAACUUCGGGCCCGGCAACGAGUACACCUUUCAACCUUCAGGUAUGGACGACUUUGCUUUAGAUGCGUUCAAUCCUGCCAAACCCAAUGGCUUUGUUGACCCAUCCAUUCUUCAUCCGCAAUACACUGGUCACCCAACAUCAGCGACGCAGUCAAAUGAAGCAUCUGCGUAUCCUCCGCCUCAGUACCCGGGUUCGCCAUCAUUGUCACAGAUGUCUAGAAGCCCGAGGCCAGUGAAGCAAGGAAGCCAAUCGCCAUACUUGUACAGCUCAUAUCCCUACCCACCUCCCCACCGACGGCCAUCACUGGCUUCUCACCAAUCUUAUAGUAGCCAAGAUGGCAACUUCAGCAGUGAGGAGUCAAAAGAGAAGGGACGAUGCACCUACCCCGACUGUGGAAAGGUCUUCAAGGAUCUAAAGGCACACAUGUUGACUCACCAGAAUGAGCGCCCUGAAAAAUGCCCGAUCCAAACGUGUGACUACCACAUCAAGGGUUUCGCAAGAAAGUAUGACAAGAACCGACACACCUUGACUCAUUACAAGGGAACCAUGGUGUGUGGCUUCUGCCCAGGCUCCGGAUCUGCGGCAGAAAAAUCAUUCAACCGCGCCGACGUUUUCAAGAGGCAUUUGACCUCAGUCCACGCGGUUGAACAAACCCCACCAAAUUCCAGAAAGAAGACUUCAGGCAACAUCAAUAGUGCCAAGAAGCUCUCUGGAUACGCUCCCGACGCUACUGGCAAAUGUUCCACCUGCUCCGGCACUUUCAGCAACGCUCAAGACUUCUAUGAGCAUCUCGACGACUGUGUUCUUCGCAUUGUGCAACAAGAAGAACCGUCGGAAGCCAUUAACGCCGCGCGCCUUGCUGAAGUGGAACAAGACCAGGCUGUGCACGAGACCCUCCGAAACAACGCCUUGCCAACCACGACCACCAACAUGUACUCUGCAGACGAGGAUGAUGAGGAUGAGGAAUUCGAAGAUGAAAAUGAUGAUGAUUUCACUCCUCGAUCCAAGUCUUCACGAAAGGGACGAGGAAACCGCAACCCAGCCAACGGUGUUCAGAAGUCCAGAGGACUGACACACUCCAAAGGCGGUGUGACCUUGAACACCAAGGGACGAAAGAAGCGCAAGGAUUACCCUUCAUCUUGGGGGUGCCCAGCUUCACAAAUGAAGAUGAAGAAGCGGGUUCUCUGCGUCUUCGAUGGACCACGUCGUCUCUGGAAAGACGACAUGAUGCUUGAUACGGACUACGAGGUUCGCAUGAAGCUCAGUGACGAGAAAGCAUACGUCACUGACCUUGAUGUGCAAACGAUGCGACGAGCAGAUGCAUUCCACAAUGCGACUGAGGAGGAGAAGGGCCCUUAUAUCUCUGACGAUCUGACCGGAAUGGAUUUGGAGAAGCUGAUGGAAGUUAAGAGCGAGUCAUGA